CUUCUACAUACAAUAUCAUGAGCGUUGGGCUGGCAGUGACAGGACACUUGGAAGCCGACGGGAAAUCCGUGCGGUUCUACGUUGAGAUGCAAAGCGACGCUUUCCGCUUCAGCUUGAACGGGCGAUACUCGGAACUGCGCCAGCUGCACACGACCCUCCUGCACACACUUCGCGCGCUGGACAAGUCCCUCGUUCUGCCAUCGUUCCCGCCCAAGCACGUCCUCGAGGACAUGCGCCGUCGAACGAAGAUUGCGCAACGAGAAGCAGAACUCUUCGAGUACUACACGCUUGUGGCCACAAACUCCAUCGCGGUGGACUGGCUGGCGUCCCAGUAUGCCGCUCGAUCCAAUUUGGCACCAGAGGACAGGGUGAAAGACGGCGUCGAGUUCACACCUCCCCAGGCCCUGAAGCAGCGAAGUUCUCGUCGAAGUCGACGAAGCACCAACCAACCAUCGCUGAUGUAGUACAGUACUAGCGAAACGAUAUUAAAUAUACUAAUUUACUGCCCACAUGCUACUACUC